UGUGUUAACAGUCCGAUCGCAGGUCACGCGAACUUAUGUCCCAAUUCUAUAUCAACGAAACCUCAAGAUUUAGAGACUUUGUUAUCAACCGUUAAACAUGAGAUUCUUCACGCACUCGGCUUUUCGGUCUCUCUUUACGCGUAUUUUCGCGACAAAAACGGCGAACCAUUGAGUUCUCGAGGAAGGAAUGGAAAGCCCAUCAUUAGCCGACACCUGAAGGCUCCGCAAUGGAGCGAUAAUAUAAUCAAACAAAUUGACAGAAAUGAUUGGAAAGUGCGAAACGGUUCAGUCAAGCGCUCUAUACAUAUGAUAGUGACUCCCAAUGUUGUGAAAGAAGUUCGAAGACAUUUCAAUUGUACAGAACUGGAGGGCGCAGAGCUCGAGGAUCAGGGAGAGGAUGGCACUCAUCUCACACAUUGGGAAAAGAGAGUGUUUGAAAAUGAAGCCAUGACUGGAACUCAUACGCAAAAUCCUGUUUAUUCGCGGAUCACUUUGGCUCUGAUGGAAGACACGGGGUAUUGA